AUGGCACUGGCUGGCGUUCUAGCGGUGACACUGUGUGGAUUACUUGUUGCCCGGGGAGGCCAAAUGAAACAGGCCCGCACACCUUUGCUGCCCAAUCGGCCGUUUGUGGUCUUGUGGAACGCACCCACUGAAUCCUGCCGUCUUCGAUUCAAGGUGGAUUUGGACCUUAGCGUCUUUGACAUUGUUGCUAACCACAACGAGACCCUGAGCGGCCCCAAUGUGACUAUCUUUUACCAUAGCCGCCUUGGUUAUUACCCCUAUUACACCAGCUCUGGAAUUCCCAUCAACGGAGGCCUUCCUCAGAACUUGAGCUUGAGCAAACACCUCAGCAAAGCCCGAGCAGACAUCGAUAAGCUCAUCCCCUUCAAGGACUUUCACGGCCUGGGCGUCAUCGAUUGGGAAAAUUGGCGUCCGCAGUGGGUGCGCAACUGGGGUUUGAAAGACAUCUACCGGAACAAGUCCAAGGAGCUUAUAAGGAAACUGCAUCCGAGUUGGCCGCAAAGCAAGGUGGAGAAUGAAGCCAAGGAGAUGUUUGAGAAAGCUGGACUGGAGUUCAUGAACACCACACUUCUGCUGGCUGAAAGUCGUCGGCCGCACGGCCUCUGGGGUUUUUAUCUCUUUCCUGACUGUUACAAUUAUGGUUACAAGCAGCAUCCAUUGCGUUACGGUGGAGAAUGUCCUAAUGUUGAGCAUGUACGCAAUGACCACCUGAUGUGGCUUUGGAAGGGGAGUACAGCCCUCUUUCCUUCCAUCUAUCUCGACUAUGAGCUCAAGUCCUCACCCAACACGUUGAAAUUUGUGCACUAUCGCGUCAAGGAGGCCAUGCGGAUUGCCUCAAUUGCUCGGAAUGACUAUACCCUGCCGGUUUUCGUCUACUCAAGGCCCUUUUAUGCCUACACAUUUGACGUUCUGUCAGAAAGUGACCUGAUCCACACUAUAGGAGAAAGUGCAGCGCUGGGGGCCGCUGGAGUUGUCCUGUGGGGGUCUUCUGAAUAUUCAAGAUCUGAGAAAAACUGUUUAACCAUUAAGAACUACAUCGACGGUCCACUGGGUCAUUAUGUGAUCAACGUGACCUCGGCUGCCAAGUUGUGCAGCAAAGCCUUGUGCAAGAAAAACGGCAAAUGUGUCCGUAAGACUCUGGACUCAUGGGCCUACCUGCACCUCAACCCUCGUUUCUUCAACAUCCAACUCAACCGAGGUAUCCGUGGACCGCGCUUCCACGUCAGCGGCCACCUGAACAACGUCGACAUCCUGGAUAUGAAGCAAAAGUUCACCUGCCAGUGUUACCAAGGCUGGACCGGCAUCUACUGUGAGAUGCCUCUGGAAGCGAAGCCCAUCGCCCCCCACACGAGGAAUGGUGUUUUGGGAUAUCUGCUGGUUGUGUUGUCUCUGCAUUUUUCCUGUCUGUCUGCCAUCGUGUUCUUGGGUCUUUGCCUCAUCAUUAAGUUUCUGAUACUGUAA